AUGUUCGGAGACUGCUCUGCGCUACAGACUUCUGGAGAACUUCUCCUGGCCAUCGCGAGUGUCCGAAACAAUGCGCUAUCGAAAGCUCGAAAGCAGCGCAUCGCCUUGGAAUUUGGCUAUAUAAACACUGUCCUCCACGACGCCCCGAAGCCUGGUCUGCAAGGGAAAAUGGAAAUAUUCAAUGAGACAAAAGAGCGGAGUUUUUCCGCCCAAGCCAUCCUCGAAACAAUGCACUACAUCUUCCAGAAACUCGAGGGGCAUGACUAUCCACAUAAUACACAUGUCCACGCCCACGAAACUACAAAGGAUGAGGUCCUGGCCGUCCAGCGCCAGCUCCUCCUUCACCCAGAAGACACUGCCAAAAUGAAAGGUUCCUGUCUGGUCUUCUCCAUCAGCCUGGGGGUGACUUUUAUCUUCGUCGAUUUGUCCACGUGCCCGGCUCUCCUCUCGCUACGAGUGCCAGGUUUUGCUCCUGAGCCUGACCUGGAUGAUGGCUGGCGGGUGCGCACGGGUGAAGAUUCUCCUUCUCCCUUUUGUGGCUGCAUGUAUUUUCCCCAGCCACAGGCGGAUUUCACAGAAGGACCAUAUAUCACGCGGCUGCGUGUGCGGGUUAUUGCAGCGGGGUUGGAGGAGGUUGCAUUGGCGAAGAUGAAGGCUACACCGGUCAUUCACAGCACAGAGUUUGAGGAGACUUCAGAAACAGGAAAAGGGGCAAUUCACAUGACAACGGAAAGUUCGGGUAUAUCUUCGCUGGAUUCGGAUGGAAUUCCGCUCUGCUUCCCGCGCUCCGCCCCCGCCAAUGUUUCCGCCUUGCGACGACCGAGAAUCCCGGGGAUUUGUGGACUUGUAAUCCAAUUUUACUCAAAUAGGGGCCGUACCUCCCUCACCACAGCUUUUAGUGGGACAACCUGGAAGCUGUGGUUUGAUCCGGCACUAAGUCGGAAACGAGCAUCGAGAACGGCCAAAUACCUCCAGGAAUACUUUUUCCGUAUUGUCACACCCAAAUCGCUCCAAAAUUUGUACAAAGUGAAUGAAUUAGAGCUAAAGAAGAAGCAGAACCAGCGGGAUAGACACGGGUGUAGAACUGUUCAAGAUCCCUCUAGAAUGUCAAGGGAGAUAUUCGAUGUAGAAAUUCAGCAGCUCCAACAACUUCGACCGGUAGUUUUCUCCAUCCACACCUCCAGCAAAUCAGGAGCUGCGACGGGCGACACGGACGAUAGGGUGGAGAAGGGAAAAGGGAAAAUGAGAAGAUCGUUCUUCGUCGGGAAUAUCGAGGUAGAGCGGUGCCCCAAGGCCCAAGCAAUGGCUGUUUGA